AACAUUGAGCUUUUGAAGCGAUACAUUAAAAAUGUCUCUAGCCUCCAUAACGACUCCACGGUAUUCUCUGCCCCCGAGCGCGCGCCCGGCACAUAGCCACUUCAGCACCAACCACGUGACAACAGACAUCCUCCAUUUUAUUGAAUUACAUCGCCGAUAGACCUACUCUGAUUCAAAGAUGGAGGAAUCCCUGGACGGUCGAGAAACCGGCGCCGGCGCAACUGGCUUCGACUCGGCCGCCAUUUUGAAUGACGAUGUUUCUCCUACCACCAGCUUCUGCUACAGCAUACCCAACCUGUUUAAUGGUUUAGGCCCUGGCUCAGUGCUCUGCGAACGGCCUGAGACCGAAGCUACCGAACCCUUCAGUGCCGCCACGGAACCAUCCGAACCCGUGGAACACCAGCAGUUUGAAGAUGACGAGGAGUACUCUCCAAAAUCGAAUUCGAAAAGCGAUAUACCAAAACGCAAACAACGUAGAUACAGGACAACAUUUUCAAACGUGCAGUUGGAGCAGCUGGAAGCAGCCUUCCAUAAGACACACUACCCUGAUGUGUUCUUCAGAGAAGAGUUGGCUAUGAGGAUCGACCUGACGGAGGCCAGGGUUCAGGUGUGGUUCCAAAACCGGCGGGCAAAGUGGCGCAAGCAGCAAAAGACGGGUUGCGAGCCGUACCCUCGAGGAAGGUCUCCAGAACAGCGUUCCCCUACAGCCCUGGCACUGGAAAUGAGAGAUUUCAUUACUAUACCUGUGUCUUCGCCACAAAUGGUGAACAUAGCCGAGACAUCCACCCAAAACUAUGCCAAGUCAAAGCAAGCCAUGCCAGCGAUCCACAUAUCAGCCCUGCCGACUCGACAAAACUCCCAAAUGGAGCUACCCUCUUUCUCUAUACCUCUGCAAUACAACCUAGGCACUUUUAAAAAGGUAGAAGACGUACAGUUUGAUAUAGAAACGACAGAAAACGAGCAAUGGGAUGGCAGAAUGAUACCAAACUUUAAUUUAAUGAACUUGAAACCUCUGAUAGAAAACCGAGAGAACAUUGAUAUGUCUGAGCUAAAAUAUGAAGUAAAGAAUGAAAACAAUAAAAGAGUAUAUAAUGAAAUAUCUAUUCAAGGUACUAGUAUAGAAACAGAUGAUAUACUAGGCAAAGAAACAGUUAACGAAGGACAAACAAUUUCACCUGAUUUUCAAAUGGCAAGAUACGAAAACUUUCAAAGCGAAAAUGAGAAGAGAUAUAGAGAAGGUAGUUUUGAAGGAACCAGUAUGGAGGAUGGUCGGAGUGAUUUUAUAUGUGACAGUGAUUUCCUCUGUAAGACUAAUUAUGAAAAAGUUGAUGAGAAGAGAAAUGAGUUUGAAGAAUGUCAUUUAUUAGAAACGGAGAGUAACGUUGGCAUUAAUAAUUUCGAGGCGAAUAUAUAAUUAAGCAUUUUACAAAGAAAUAAUGUGCAAUACAUAGGUACAAAUAAGUGUACAUAAUAAUAUAGAUAAGUACUUGCAUAUAAGGUGUAAAUCAAGAUACAGUGUGCCUUAAUUGAAAACAAUAUACAAGGAAAAAUCUGAUAAUUAUUAGUGUAAGCUUCAGAAUUGUAUAUUACACAUCAAUAUUGUAUGACAUAGUGAUAUUUUAUCUACAUUGUGCAAUUUAUUCUGAAAUAAAUAGCUACCGUAUAUGGUUAAUAAAAUUAUCAAUUAAAAACAGGUUAAAAACUCGAUAAGCCUUACUAGUAAAUACACUAUAUACUGUAAGGAUCAUUAUUUAUUAAUAGCUUAUAUUUUGACUAUUAUUACUUUUAUUUAUGACAAGCUUAUAAAAGAGUAUCAAUUGACUCUGACUUGUCACUGGUUCCCGCCAUUUUGAAUUGUUAUAAAAACACGGGUACAAGUGACAAGCGGCCAGUUCGAGUACGGACAAGUUAUAGUGAAGACGUCGUGGAAUAUGGCCAAAUAGUUCGGUACACCAUACUAAAUAUAUGGUGUACCGAACUAUUUGGCUACUUUGACUGCUACGAAGUAUUUGACGCUGACUGUACUUAUUGUAAAUUGGUUGUUAUUAUGUUUGUAACAAACUAAUAAAGUCAAAAUAUUGGUGCA